AUGCGCAUGGGCACAAGCAUGUCCGCUUCCAAGUCACUGAAUGACCUCAUCGGCUUCAUCGUGGCCUUGGUAGCCGUUCAGAUAACGGACCGCAAGACCUCACCCCCGGAUCUCUCUUUCGGCUGGGCGCGGGCCUCGCUUCUUGGUGCCUUUUUCAACGGCUCUUUUUUGUUUGCCCUAGGCAUCAGCAUCGCCCUGCAAUCUAUCGAACGCUUCAUCUCCAUCGAGCACGUCCAGAAUCCCAAGCUAGUCUUGAUUGUGGGAUGUGUUGGACUUUUUCUCAAUAUCAUCAGCGCUUUAUUCCUACAUGAGCAUGAUCACGACCAUGGCUCUGGGGGCAACGGCGACGAAGAGAGCAUGUCAACUACACCCACACAUGAGAACCACCUGCAUAUAAUUGCAAAGCCAAAGAAGCACGGCAUGGACUUGGGUAUCCUUGGCGUUCUCAUUCAUGUCAUUGGCGACGCGAUCAACAACAUUGGUGUCAUCAUCUCGGCUUUGAUUAUCUGGUUCGUCAAAUCACCCAACCGUUACUACGCCGACCCGGCAGUUAGUAUGUGGAUCGCCAUCAUGAUUCUGCUCACUGCUAUUCCCCUCACUAAGCGCAGCGGCAAGAUCUUGCUUCAGUCUGCUCCGUUGGGCGUCAGAAUUGAGGACGUCAAGCACGACCUUGAAGCUAUACCCGGUGUGCUGAGUGUGCACGAACUCCACGUCUGGCGUCUAGACCAGAAGAAGGCCGUCGCAUCUGCACAUAUCGUGGUCAGUGACCCAGAUGUGGCGAGUUUCAUGAAGAAGGCCAAGGUCUUUUCUGAAUGUCUACAUGCAUAUGGCAUUCACUCAGCAACACUCCAGCCUGAGCUUGCCAUUCCUUCUGGAGGGCUCAUUGGUGUCAAGGAUACGGACAGGGAGGUAGCUUCAGGCAUCACUAGUGCUACGAACACAGCACGAACGAGUAUCGAGAAGUGUGGCGUGCCCUGUGGUGUACUUUGCGAAGAGUUGAAAUGCUGUAACUGA